AUGUCGUCCAUUCGCUCAACAUGCCGGAUCUGUGACGUGUUCUGGGUCUUAGCUGAUAUGUUGCAAGUGAAUAAUAAGAAUGAUGAAUACGAGCAUACCGAAUGUGGGGCUAUCGUAUUUCGUGCCGACUCCAGGGGGAUAUGGCUUGUCCAAUGGCUCAGCAAGACUGUGGACUUUGUGUUGGCGGCACCGGGUAAAGUAGAUGUCGGAAGGUUCCGAGUAAAGUAG